AAAUACAGAGGUUAACGGACAUAACAGCCUCUGACUCUAUAACAAUAGAGUUGUUGCCAUACAGCCAAACCCUAAAAACAACAAGUCAUGUGUUGUGGUAUAGGCUGCAACUAACAAUUAUUUUCAUCAUUAAUUAAUCAGAUUUUGUCGAUUCAUCGUUUUGUCCACAAAAUGUUGGAAAAUAGUAAAAAAAAAUUAUAAUAAAAUUCACAAUCUUUGUCAAUAAAAGACAAAGAUUGUUUUACUUUAUAUGGCCAACCCAAAGAGAUUCCAUUUACUAUCAUAUAUGACCAACAAAAACAUCAAAUCCUCACAUUUGAGAGGCUGAAAUGUUUGUCAUUUUUGCAUAAAAAAUGACUGGAACAAUUAAUAAAUCAUAAAAAUAGAUGCAGAUUAAUUUUCUGUCAAUAACAAAUAACUUCCAUGAAUAUAAUCAUUUCAGCUGUAGUUGUGGUUGAAAUGGUGGUUACGUUUUGUCUUUCUAGAUCUGCAUAAUGUUAAGGUUUUUGGAUUUAUUUUUUUUAUUUUAUUUUUUUUUUAAUAUAUAGACUUACUAAAGGAACAAAAGUACAAAGAUCAUAGGCCCACAAAUGGCAUCACUUAGUCUUUUUUUUACUUUUCUUACAACACACAUCAGCUGUCCCAUCAGACCCAUUACUCAGCUCACUUAUAAAUGCUAUAAUGGCAUUAAACCAGUGGGACUUCUUUCUUCGUGCAUCUAGUCACUAGAAGAUAUCGCUGCCUCACCAAGAACCACCUACAAGAUGAAGAUGCUGGUGUUGUUUAUUCAGAAACUCGUACCCGGAAGUGCUGAAUGAAGGCGAGCUGCUGACUGACUGUGAGCUGCGAGCUGCAGGAUGAUCUGUGGCUGAGCUGCAGAGGUUUGUUGAUGACAAACCUGCCAACAAAUGUUAGCGACUGUCUGUCUGCUAAAACCCUCUGCGGCGGACGGGAUCUGACGUCGAUUACAAAAUCACACCCAGGAGUUUGUUGAGGCCACAGCCUGCUGUUUUUUUUAUCUGGGUUCGAAUAUGGGUCUGUCAUUCCUUUUGGUCUUGGCUGCAACUGUGAUUCUUAUCAGACCCGAGACUCCUGUAACUAAGGCCCUACAUCAGAAUUCACUGGAGUGCUGUGGCGAGAAACAAAGAGCGAACAAUUCAUGUUCAAAUGACACUCACUGUGAACCAGGAUGCUUCUUGCGUGUCCUUGAGAACAGCAACACUGUUUGCAUAUUCUGUGACUCUGCAGCUGUAGAUUUGGAAAACAUAACAGUCUGCACCUACAACUACACAGUGGAGAGGAAAAAUCAUACAACAGUAACUACUGUCAUUCCUAAAAUUGGAGGGCCAGGUGUAGCUGCCUCUCUUCUUCUGGGAACACUGUUGAUCAGCCUGUUUCUGAUUCUCUCUGUUGCCUCAUUCUUCUACCUCAAACGCUCCAACCGUCUCCCAAGCAUCUUCUACCGCCGCAACAAGGCGUUCAUAUUUCAACCAAGUGAGACAGCUGUCAUGAUACCCUCCUCUACAGUGAGGAAGCCAAGAUAUGUCAGAAGGGAGCGGCCCUCUGCAACUUCAACACUGAAUAGUGCCAUCAUACCCACAACAUCCACUACUGAAGUCUAUAACGUGUAGGAGGUGGGAGUGCUGGUGCAGGUACAUAGGAGAGAAAGCUCAGGAACGAUGUUUGAUUUUCUUAUCUUGUUGAAGGUUCAGCAGCGCAGACAAACUGGUUAACUCAUACUUAGGUGGCCAAAUUUAACUGUAGCUGCCAUUCUCGCCAUGUGGGUUUUUUACUUUUUCUGUAUUUAACUAAAGUGUAAUAAUGAAGAAAAUCAGUAUCUCCCUGACACAGUCUCUGAAUUGUUCAUGUUUUUUUCUUUGAAAAGAGGUACAACACACAUGCUGCCCUGUUGCAGUGAAUGAGAUGCACUCAUCAGUCAGGAUCACUCCUUCAUUUUUCAUUAAGAACACUGAAAAACUGUCAUUAAGCAGCUUUUCUCUGCUCUUUGACAACGUGGGAUAAAAGAAUAGUUUGACAUUUUAUCAAAUAUGCUUAAUCGCUUUCUUGCUAAGAGUUAGAUGAGCAGAUUGAUACCACUGAUAUCUGUCCGUUAAAUCUGCACUAACUGAUUUUCUUUGGAUGCUUGGGGGCAGUGUAAACAAGCUGUGAACUCAACAUUGACAUAUUAUCACCUUUUAAAUUGAACUUGUUGGCAAACAGUUGCUUAUUUAUACAUCCAACAGACACAGAGAAGCAUUAGCGUUCAUUUGGAGUUGUGUCUCUGACCACCUGGAAGAAAUAAGUCCAAUAUUCACUCUGCUUUUAGCUCUGCUUUGGUCUCCAUCAACUCCUGAGAAAAAUAUGUUCGGUAUUGGGCAGGAACAGGUUUUAGAGCGUCAUUGAUGAAAACAGCUGAUUGCUGUGGCCGAAAUAGGAUGUUAUGAGAGCAGUAAGAAUAAACCAAAACAGUAAAAUUGCGAGCCAGAAAACUAAAAUGAUGAGCUGAAAGAUGCUAGGAGAACCGAACGCUCAAGUGAUAAUUAUCUGUGGUUUUGUCACCACGAGUGACCCCUUUCACCUACAUGUAGUCAUUGUUAAUAUAAAAAUGUUGAUUAUACCUGCUAAAACUAUGAAGCUGCAGCCAGCAGGCACUUAGCUUAGCUUAGCUUAGCUUAGCAUAAAGGCGGACAAGAAGUAUUCUAGCACACAGCCCCCCAUAAAACCUCAACUUAGUUUUUUGUACAGAUAGAACAACAAGAUAAAACAUGUUAAUAAUUGAGCUUUAGAGGUGUUUUUUGUUCUUCCUUUGGACAGAGCCAGGCUAGCUGUUUCCACCUGUUCUCAGUCUUUUUGGUUAGCUACGCUGACUGUCUCCGCACAGAUAUGAGACUUCUAUUGAUCUUCUCAUCUAACUCUCGACAAGAAAAGCGAAUAAUUUCCCAAAAAUUAUUCCUUUAAGUGAUGGGUGUCAUGAAUACAUGAUCAGUCUGUUUAAAGCUAAGAGCUCGAGACCAAACUAAGUGACAGUGACGAACUGAUUUUCUGGACAAAGUAACAGCCCGGUAAUGUUUAAUGGAAGCCUGUUUUUUUUCUUAAACUUUGCUUAUUAGGAUGUUUUUUACAUGUGUGAUAUUUAUUUGUGUUUUGUAACUGUGCACUGAGUUUUACUGAUUAGAAUCAGACCAACAGAAUAAACUGUGUGUAAUAGCAGUGGAGUUUAACUGGUGGACCUGGACAUUUUAGACGCUUUAUUGAUGAUUGACUGAUUGCAUUUUGUAUUUUUAUUAUCGUGUUUGUAUUUAUUAUUUUCGUCAGCUCAACCAAGGUGAAUGUAUUUCACAGGUACAACAAAUCAUGCAUCUCAGUUGCAUGCAUCAUCUAUUGCAGUCCACAACAGACCUUCUCAAUCAUGAAAGAGCUCAUUUUCAACAAAAUCAUAACUGUUCACAAGAAAAUUUCUGAUCUUACGAAAAGCUUUUAAAUGUCCUAAUUUUGCAGAAAAUUUCAAUUCUAAUGGAUUUACCUCUCAAAACAUAGAUUUACUGGAUCUUAGUGCACUUUAUUUGUCUGAGGCCACCAGCUAAUGUUGGACCAUAAUUUUGAUAAAAAUACUUCAGAAAAUCUUGUUGCCACCGAGUGUGAUUGAGAUUUUUUCGUUGUAUAGCUGGCAACGUUACUGUUGCAUUGUGAACAUUACUUGACUACUAUUACCUUUGCCAAAUGUUGUCUGAAGAAAAUGGCGUUUCCUGUAUGCCAUUACUGUGAUUACUGUGCCAUUAUGAGCUUUAAACACAGCCAAGAAAUGUUUAGUCAUGACGUUAUCUGUGAUGAAUAAUUGGGUAUUUUAAUUAUAUCCAGUGGCCUUUACUGUAUGUACAAUUUUAAAGCGAGGCUAGUUAUCCAAGUAGUUACCCAAGUUUUAUUUGCUACAAGGUAUUUAAUUUCCUAUAGUUUUAUAUCUUGACAACACUAAGUCAUUUACAUCUUCAGUACAUGUGGAGCAAUGUGACGUGAAGCUAUUCCCAACUAGGUUAAAGGCAGCAAUCAUUCCAUGAAUAUCCCCCCUUUUGCUUCAUGUGUUUGCUGUUGUACAGCUGAAUACAUGUACAUACUGUUUUAUACAAAUGAUGUAUUGUUUUUGUAAUUAUGUACAUAUUCUACUUUCAAUGCCAUGAAGAAUGCUCUCGAGAUGUGUAAUGUUUGCAGAAAUAAAGCACCUUUCCAUAA